GUAUCAUCCAGGAAGCUGUGGGGGGGGAGUGCGAAGACACGGACGGGAACUUUAGAAUCCACAAGCCGAGAGUAGCUCGAAUUUAGUCAUUUCUUAAAGCUAUACAAUGGAGAGUUUCUGGAUAGCGGGUCCCAAGGAGGAACUCAUUUACUGAGAGCAUUAUUUACUCGCUCCUUCUCUCCCCGGCUCCGAAAAGAUGGUAGAAUCCACUUCCGGGUUCCCCCAACUGCCGGAACUCUCGCGAUGGAGGGAGGCGGAGGUUCACCCCCAGAAACACUUACAGAAGCAAGUCAGUUGGAAUGUGUUCUGCCUCGAAGUCUUGAAGCCAACAGUUUGAAGAAAAGCAAUUGGGGAUUCUUGUUUACCGGGAUUGUUGGUGGGACCCUGGUGGCUGUAUAUGCUGUGGCCACACCAUUUAUAACACCAGCCCUCCGAAGAAUUUGUUUACCUUUUGUUCCUGCAACUACAAAGCAGAUUGAAAAUGUUGUGAAAAUGUUGCGAUGCAGAAGAGGAUCCCUGGUGGACAUUGGCAGUGGCGACGGACGUAUCGUGAUAGCAGCUGCAAAGGAAGGAUUCCCGGCUGUGGGUUAUGAGUUAAACCCGUGGCUAGUCUGGUACUCCAGAUACUGCGCUUGGCGAGAAGGGGUGCAGGACUCUGCCAAGUUUUAUAUUUCAGAUUUGUGGAAGGUGACUUUUUCGCAGUACUCCAACGUUGUUAUUUUCGGCGUGCCUCAAAUGAUGCCACAGCUGGAGAAGAAACUUGAGCUUGAACUGGAGGAUGACGCUAGAGUCAUUGCUUGCCGGUUCCCUUUCCCACACUGGACUCCGGACCAGGUCACCGGAGAGGGGAUAGACACCGUGUGGGCCUACGACAUGAGCACUCUCAGAGGGAGGGAAAAGAGGCCCUGAAGAUCGAUGCAUUUCCAGUCGGUCAUUCAAAUAUAAACUUCGUUGUUAUUAUUAUUUUUUUUUAUAUAUGAACUUUAUUGAGAGUGUUUGCUGAAGCAUUGGUGGUCUUUGAUUUUAUAGAGACUUAUAGCCGUGUCUUCACCAGAGAGUAUAUUUUUCUUUGAUAUGGAAUGAGAAAUUGUUAUUACUUUCGGUAACUUUUGGAGAAAACAACAAAAGUUAAGAAUAGUAGGUAGAUUUAAAGUCCCCUUCCAUGGUAUAUUGUGAAAAAUGUGCUUCCUACCUUUCCAUGUACUUGGAUGUAUGAAAAUAUGAAUAAGUCACGGUCAUAUUGGUGGGUGGGAAAGAUGUCAACUGCUCUUCACAUUAUAAAGAGUAUGAUUGAAUGCCACAGAUGAGAAGAAACACUUUUUAAAGAGGGUAUGUAUUAGUAAAUGUCUGCAGUUUCCUAUAACUUUAUUCAUACUUAAGAUUUAUCUCUUUCUCUUCUGUACUUCAUGGCAAAAUUAAUUUUUUAAAGGAUUUAGAGAGGCAUUCAUAUUUUACAACGUAUAUUAGGAGUAAUUUGUUCCAAGGCCCCUGGAUUGCUGUAUCUUAUUGAAUCUAAGAUGUAUACGGUAUGUGUGUAAGUGUGUGUGUGUACAUACACAUUUCAGCAUUUCUGAAAUUGUGGUACACCUUCCAGUGGAUGGUGUUUUAUAACUGGAGUCAGGAGCAUUGUCCGUCAUGAUGUAGCUGUACAGCAACCGCCGUUGAUAGAAUCUCAGAUUUUUUUUCUUUUCUUUUUUUUAUUGUUUAAUUCAAUUUAUUUAUUUAUUUUUUAUUGCAGUAACAUUGGUUUGUAACAUUAUAUAAAUUUCAGAUGUA